UCAAUCAUUUUUUCGUUACAGCGAGCGAACUCCCCAUCCGCAGGCAGCUAUUUAUUUUUAGUUUAUGGGAUACUGUAAUGGUUUUCGUUCGUGAUGUAGUCCUGUAUUUAAUUUAACUUCAAUAUUAUGGCUCAACUUGGGACUUUAAACGGCGGGCAUAGAGGCAAAGAUUGGCAAAAAACGCAAGAUGACCUGGAAAGAAGUAGAAACAAAAUACAAGUGGCCUUGAAAGCUGCCAAAGAGAGGUCCAAGAAAAACAUUAAUCUUGCUGAUGACAUUGACACAAAAUUCAAUCAAUUACAAGUGUUGGGAAUUAAACUCAUGGACAUUCUGAGAGAAUCAGGGUUGGAUCAAAGACAUGACUGGAUUGGUUUGACAGAAAAAAUGUGUCAACUUCUUGUACCUCUAUCUGCAGCAACACCAUUUAUGAGUUCAUCUGAAGAGAGGGAUAUAAGGCAAAAAGAUCUAUUGGAUAGGCAAAAAGAGAUGAUGGAAUUAACAAGACUCAUUGGAAGAAAACUUCUGUUUGAAGGAAAACACAAUCAAGCAGUCCCUGCUGCAGUACAAUCCCUGAAGUUCAGCAUUGAUGUACAUGGUCUCAACUCUACACAUCUUGUUCCUUCAUAUCUGAUUUUAGCAGAAGCAAAUAUUGGACUUGGCAAGUUAACACAAGCCGAUGAAUAUUUGGCACAAGCGGAAUGGACUGUUCUCAAAUCACCUGAUGCAAAAGAUUCUGUGAGAUCAAAGUUGUUCAGAAAUAUAGGAUUACUUCAUGCAGCUAAAGGAGAUUAUGAAAAUGCAUUGAGAAUGCUAGCAGAAGAUAUUUAUCAUGCAAGCUGUGAAUGGGAUUCUAACCACAUCAGAACUUCUGGUGGAUAUUUUCAUAUGGCAAAUGUCUUCUUCAGACAAAAUAAAAUGGACACUGCAGACACUUUAUAUACACAGGUGGUGGAUAUUUGGCACAACUUUUUGAAAGACGCCGUUGAGAGGAAAAGGGUAUAUGAAGAAGAAUUGGCAGCUGUCGGACCUUUCGGAAAAACGCAGGACACCGAGAAAUACUUGGAUGAGGCACAAGAAGCUGAAGCCAUACAAAUGCUCAGUGCUGUUUUUGAUAUUCGAGACCAGUCUUCAAAGCGCCAAGUCAAUGCAAUUUCAAAAAUUUGCCACACGCUAUCAAUGUUGUAUUAUAUUUUGGAUGAUAUACCUAGGUCAAAAGACUACGGGAGAAAAGCAAAGUCAUUGGGAGAUCACAGCAAAGAAACGGAAGAAUCAACUUCUCUUUUAAAUUUUCUGCAAUUUUUAGAGGAGGGCCACUAAGAUAAUUUUGAUUUCAAGACUUACCGUAAUAUCUAAUUGUAAAAUUUCUGUUCAAAAGUAUCAGGUUCUAAGCAGCAUCAAAGAUUCUUCUUACAGACCUCAAUGCCCUAGCAUUUGCAUUUUGCCUCAAAACUGACUUAUUAAUUUCUGGAUCUCUCUGCCUAUUGCGACUCGUUUCUUUAGUUUUAUAUUCUAACCUGUUUCUCACCAGUCAUUUGAAUGAAGUACCCCACUUAUAUCCAAUAAAAAAUAAACUACUAAACUGAGCACUGUAUUUUUUAGUUUCUUCUGAUAAAGUUUAUGUGUAAUGUAUAUAUAUAUUUUCUGCUUUUAUUAAUAAAUAAACGUAGAAAUGAACGUA